AUGCCAGCCUUGGGGCUGCGACUGUCCCUCCGCGCAGCAGGGGCCCCCGGAGCCAGCCCUGUAACCCGUGGGAGUGACAAGGUGAGCAUCUCAGAAAGGUCCUUCUGGGCAGAGUGGGCGGUGCGCUGUGACAGUAGCAGAGGGAAAGGCUGGGGCCCGUGCUAUCAGUUCCAGCGAAGGGAGGGUGACUUGGGCCAGGGUGGCAGUGGGCACAGGAAGAAGUGGAAAGUUCAAGAAGGUCCAGGAUACAGGCUGCCUGGAGGACGGAGGGGAUUUGCCCAGACAGAGAGGGCGGGGCGCCGAGGGGGUCCUGGGCGGGGCUUGAGGGCAUCUGGCUUGAGGCUGGUUCCUCAAGGACGAGGAUGCCCCACCUCCCACCCCAACGCCCUGGCAGAGCCAGGCUUGGUCCUUGACCAGCCCUCAUUUGCUGGCAGCUCCACAAGGGCAUGGAGUCAAGAAGAAGAGAAUAUUGAGAUCUUGGGGUUUGGGACCGCCCUGCAGCUGACCAGCGAGGGCAAGACCUUCUGGAGGGUGGAGCAGGAGCUGCGCUGGUCUGAGGCCCUGGACUACUGCCGGCAGCACCACACAGACCUGGCCGACCUGCAGAGCAUGAACAGCUGGAGCAGCAUCAAGGCCCUCUACUCCCUCACCAGCAGCACCGCGGCCUGGAUUGGCCUCUUCUUCGAUGUGCGGACUCAUGGCCCAAGAUGGUCCAGCGGCUCCACCUUCAGCAUCCCGGUGUGGACUUCGAUGCCGUCCUUGGAGGAGGGGCUCUGUGUCACUCUGUAUUCCAUAACCCUUCUCGUCAGUCUGGGGGCCGCCUCGUGCACAGCUCAGAAGCCCUUCAUCUGCUACUAUGACCCUGCCGUGGGGCCCGGCACCGUCCUGCAGCCGGCUGUCAGCCUGACCACCUCUGGGAAGCCAGUUGAGGUCCAAAUUGGCAGACUGACCUUCAAGCGAUUUGACCAAGACAGGACGUGGCUGACGGCCUUGCAGUAUUGCCGCAGAUACUACACAGACCUGGCUGACCUGCAGUCGGUCACUGACAAGGCAGACAAGGAGGCCCUGAAAUCCAUCGCGAGUAAGACCGAGGCCUGGAUCGGCCUCUACUUCAAUGCGGCCUCUGGGUCUCUGAGAUGGUCCAGCGACGCAGGUACCAGCAUCCCUGCCUGGCUGAAGGUGCCCCAGUUUGGGCCAGGCUUGUGUGCAGGGCUCGCCAGCUACUGGAGCUUCUUCCCCAGAGUCUCUUCAGUGGACUGUUCAUCCCUGAAACCCUUCAUCUGCUUCAACGACCCCACCGUCGGACACCGGGUGUCAGCAGCCCUCCCUGAGCUCUUCUACACGCCGUCCUCAGCAGGGACCGCAGGGACGACGCCCAGGCCAAGGACCAGCGCCGGCUCCGCCGGCACCACGGCUACGGAGGGGCGGCUUGCGCAGCGACUUAGUCCCGAGCCGCCUGAGCUCUGCUCCGCCACUCCCGGCCCCCGCGCUUCCGUCUUCGCCGGCUCCGUGGCGCCCCAGCCUCAAGGGACAGCGGCACCAAGCCCUCCUGCCCACGCGAUGCUCGAGUACUCCCCGGCCCCCGACCGAGGGCCCUGGACCCCGCCGGUCGCCACCCAGAGCGCAUCCAUCCGCCCUGCUCCCCCUGCCUCCUUGCUGACUCCUGCAGGGUCAGCGUCCCCGGGGAGACCCUCUGUCCUCCAGGAAGUGAUCGGGAGCCCUCUGACCUUCAUUUCGAGCCCUGCUCCAAGCCCCGCGCCCCUGGAGGACCCCGUUACCCAGGGCGGGCCUGGGACGCCGCUGGAGGCCUCGCUCAGCUCCACCCUCUGGGCCUCAGCUCACCGAGGGGUGGCGACGCCUGGGUCCGCCACGUCCAGCCAGUCCCGCAACGCCGAGCCUCUGGGGUCCGAAGAAAACACCUUGGAGCCUUCCGGCUCGGGGAGCUCCGCUGGACCCCAAAGAGCAAUCACGCACUCCGAGUGGGCAGCUCCGAGCCAGGCCGCACAUCUGGAGACCCCCGGGAGCCGGCUGGGGCCUGAAACAGCUGUGACCAGUGAAAAGAGUGGCACCUAUACGAGAGAUACAGCUGCUGCCACUCAGGCCCAACAUUUGAGCUCAUCUCAUCAAUCAGAUUCUAAAGAAGAAACUCCAGCACCCAAACCAGCACAAUUCUUUGGAAUCCUGAAAGCAGAUUUCAUUAUCCCUGUUCUGAUGGACCCAGAAGACAUGAAAGACCAGUUUUUGAAUGAGAUCCAAGAGGCCUUAAAGCUUACACUGGGUCAGGAGAAAUUCACAUUGAAGUGGGUCGGCUUCGAAGAAAACAAAAAAUAGCUCACGUCUGCUAACCUGGCGUCUCGUCAUACGCUUUUCUCUGGAUUCUGAGUGAAUUCUAGUUGUUAAAUUCCUAGUAAAACAGAAGUAGGAAGAACUGAUAGGUGAAGAAGCUAACUGGUGGAAUUUCAGACCUCUAUUGAGCGUGUAAAAAAACUACUACCUCUGGGGGACCUGCACCUUGGGGUUUUCUAGCAUGAAAUAGGUAAGCAGAAGGUGGAGGUAUGUGGGAACAAUAACCUUGAGAAUGACUAGCAAACAGGAACAAAAUAUCCCAACCAAACAACUCCAUUAAUCUAUUGGGGACAUAAGAGAGGGCGGCGCGGGUGUGGGAAGCUAAAUGGGGCCGGACUUCCCAAUAAAAAGGAGGGCACUUUCUUCCCAGUCACGAGCUAGAAAAGAGAUUUCAAAUUCUGCAGAACGAGGAGCUCUCUAAAAGUGUUAUUACAAUACAUGUUAGCGCUAGCUCCCUGUCCUACAUCUGCAUACUUUUUACCUCUAAGUUGGCAAGUUCUAAGACAGCACGUUGUUCUGAAUGUUAAAAUAUACCUUCAGGAUAAUGUUCCUGCACACAUUCUGCUUCUCGUUUUUCUCCAAGCGUCUCCUAAGCACCCAGAAAACAGGCCAGAAGUAAGAGAGUAAUAUGUCAAAUACAGUAGCAACUUUAGUCUGAAAUGUUUAAAGUUAAAGUUUAUUUGUAUUCUUUGUAGGAAUAUCAAUAAAAGACCUCAAACGUAUCUAUAUCUGUACAUGUACAAGAACCGUCAAAAAUUAUUCACAGAACAAAAAUAAAUCUUCUCUUAGAACAAACCCAGGUAAUGAAAUGCAGAUACGGAGCUCACAUAUGGAACGAUCUAAGUGCUACUAGCACAAAAAUAUGGCUUUAAAAAUAAAAUAAAAUCUUGGGUUUUGUUUU